AUGAGACUUUCUCCCGCCGCUGUCCUUGCCCUGGCCCAGGUGGCCUCGGCCCAGUACUUCUUCGAUUCCGUCGUUGAAAAUGGUGCUGCAGGAACUUCCUUCCAGUACAUCAGAGACUUCACCCGUGCUACCAAGUACAACCCGAUCAAGUGGUCGGAAAACCCUGCCGAAGACAUUCGUGAUAACUCUUUCAUCGACGGCAGCAGAUGCAACCAGGGAGCCUUCACCAACGCCGCCAAGACGGACGUCCUUGAGGUCGCCGCGGGCAGCGACGUGACUGUGCAGCUUGGCGUCGGCGCCACCAUGCAGCAUCCGGGACCCGCCCUGUACUACAUGUCCAAGGCCCCCGGUGGGGACGUCAAGACCUACGAUGGUUCCGGCGACUGGUUCAAGAUUGGCGAGACAGGCGUUUGCAACGAAAGCGGCGACUUCACCAAGGACGCAUGGUGCACCUGGGACAUGAACACCCUUACCGCCACUAUCCCCAGCGACACUCCCUCGGGCGAGUACCUCGUGCGCUUUGAGCACAUUGGCAUCCACAAGUCGUUCAUGAACGAGUCUGAGCACUUCGUGUCUUGCCUCCAGGUCAAGGCUACCGGGGGCGGCAGCGGCACCCCCGGCCCGUUGGUGCAGUUCCCGGGCGCAUACAAGUACACCGACCCCUACGUGAGCUUCAGCAUCUACAACGGCUACAAGGCCCUGACCAUGCCCGGCCCUGCCGUGUGGGCCGGCGGGUCGAGCAGCAGCCGCGCCAGCAGCGUGUCGGGCGGUGCCAACGGCACUGUGGAUGGGUUCUCGGUGACCAACAAGGACCAGGCGCAGACGACCUUGUCAACCGUUACUCGGUCUGCAGCGGCCGCCGCAAAGCCUACCUCCCCGUGCGCUUCCAAGGCUGGCUAG